CGGGCCCGCCCCGCCCUCGCGCUCGCCGCCGACUCGGCGCUGCGGGCUGGAGCGGGCGGCCGGGCGGCUGCCUGUCCAGGCCGGGGCUGGCCGCGCCUCGCGUCGCCGUGCAGUGCGCCGGCUCUCCGGGAGAUGGCUUCUCCGCUCCCGCCCGCUGCUCCCGCUAUUGUCUCACCCGGGGUGGCCUGACUCUGCGGGCUCGCGCACGCUCGGGGCCCGGAGGGCUCCCCCGCGCCCCCGGAGCCUGUCCCGCGCCCUCUCCUGCCUUCCCCGCCGCCCCGGGGUGGGGGCCCCAGGGCCGGCGCUCGCGGCGAGCAGCGCGGAGAGGGGAGCGGCCCGGGCGCGGGCGGUGCGCGGCCGGCGCGCCCGGGUGCUGGGGACGCCUGGAGCUGCGGAGCCGGCAGCCCGCGUCGCCGAGCACACGCCACGUCGGGUCUGGCACGGAAGCCCGCAGCGAGCACAGGUGCCCAGACACCAUGCCAGAAUCCUGUACACCUGACACUGGGAGGAAGUAGAAGACUUCCUUGUCUCCUCCGCUCCCCGUCCUCACCAUGUCUUCGACUCAGGGCAAUGGGGAACACUGGAAGUCCCUGGAGUCGGUGGGCAUCAGCCGCAAGGAGCUGGCCAUGGCCGAAGCCCUGCAGAUGGAGUACGACGCGCUGUCCCGGCUCCGGCACGACAAGGAGGAGAGCAGAGCCAAGCAGAACACAGACUCCUCUCUCAUCAGCUGGGAAGAGCCCGUCCUAGACUUCUACAGCAAGCCGGCAGGAAGGCAGAAGGACCUCAAGCUCUUACGUGGUCUUUCUGGCUCCGAUCCUACCCUCAAUUACAACUCACUCUCCCCGCAGGAAGGGUUAUCCAACCACUCUACCUCCCAGGGCUCCCAGCCUGGCCCGGAUCCCUGGCCCAAAGGCUCUCUGGCUCGAGACUAUCUCUACAUCUUUGAUGGUUCAGAUGAGGGGCUCUCUUUGUCGCCGGGGGACAUAGGACCGGGGGACAUAGAUGGCUCUUCCAAGAAACUGUCCCCACCUCCUCUGCCUCCCCGCGUCUCUAUCUGGGACACCCCUCCGCUGCCUCCCAGAAAGGGGUCUCCCUCAUCCUCCAAGAUCUCCCAGCCCAAUGACAUCAACACGUUCUCUUUGGUAGAGCAACCUCCGGGCAAACUGCUGGGGCGUUGCAUCCUAGAGGAGGAAGAGGAGCGGGGGGGUGGGGGUCCGGGACGCCUCCUGGGGCCUGUGGACUAUGACGGCAUCAAUGAUGCGAUCACGCGGCUCAACUUGAAGUCCACCUACGAUGCGGAGAUGUUGCGUGACACUACCAGGGGCUGGAAGGAGGGCCGGGGGCCCCUGGACUUUGGCGGCAAGGACAGUCCUGGGAAACCCGUGGCCCGGAGCAAGACCAUGCCCCCUCAGGUGCCGCCGCGCACCUAUACCUCCCGCUACGCCAACGGGAAAAAUAAGACCCCAGGCAAGAACCGCCGGAUUUCCGCAGCUCCGGUGGACUCGCGGCGCCAUGCUGUUGCCAAUGGCCAUGAAUUGUUUGAGGUCUCAGAGGAAAGAGAUGAGGAAGUUGCUGCAUUUUGCCACAUGCUGGAUGUCCUUCGAUCUGGCUCUGACAUCCAAGACUACUCCCUCACCGGAUAUGUCUGGAGUGCUGUCACCCCGAGCCCAGAGCACCUUGGGGAUGAGGUCAACCUGAAGGUGACCGUGUUGUGUGACAGCCUACAGGAGCCACUCACUUUUACCUGCAACUGUUCUUCCACUGUAGACUUGCUCAUCCACCAGACUCUGUGCUACACCCACGAUGAACUGAGGGAUGUGGACGUGGGGAACUUUGUGCUGAAGCCCUGUGGGCUGGAGGAGUUCCUGCAGAACAAGCAUGCCCUGGGCAGCCACGAGUACAUUCAAUAUUGCCGCAAGUUUGACAUCGACAUUCGGCUACAGAUGAUGGAGCUGAAAGCUGUACGCAGUGACCUGGCCCGGACGGUGAAUGAUGACCAGAGCCCCUCCACCUUGAACUACCUCGUCCAUCUGCAAGAGAGGCCAGUCAAACAGACCAUCAGCAGGCAGGCCCUGGAUCUUCUGUUCGACACAUACCAUAAUGAAGUGGAUGCUUUCCUGCUAGCUGAUGGGGAUUUCCCACUGAAGGCCGACAGGGUGGUCCAGUCCGUCAAAGCCAUCUGCAACGCCCUAGCCGCCGUGGAGACCCCUGAGAUCACCAGCGCCCUCAACCAGCUGCCCCCCUGCCCCUCCCGUAUGCAGCCGAAAAUUCAGAAGGAUCCCACUGUCUUGGCUGUGAGGGAAAACCGAGAGAAGGUUGUGGAAGCUCUGACGGCCGCCAUCUUGGACCUGGUGGAGCUGUACUGCAGCACGUUCGAUGCGGACUUCCAGACGGCCGUGCACGGGAGCCGCAAGCACGAUCUGGUCCAGGAGGCCUGCCAUUUCUCUGGGCCCCUGGCCUUCACUGUCUAUGCCACCCACCGCAUCCCCAUCACCUGGGCUACCAGCUAUGAAGAUUUCUACCUCUCCUGCUCCCUCAGCCAUGGCGGGAAGGAACUCUGCAGCUCCUUGUACACCCGAAGGGCUCACUUUUCCAAGUACCUCUUCCACCUCAUCAUCUGGGACCAGCAGAUCUGCUUCCCCGUGCAGGUGAACCGGCUGCCUCGGGAGACCCUGCUCUGUGCCACACUCUACGCUCUGCCCAUCCCCUUGCCUGGGAGCUCCUCCGAGGCCAAUAAGCAGCGGCGUUUGCCGGAAGCCCUGGGCUGGGUCACUACCCCACUCUUCAACUUUAGGCAAGUCCUGACCUGUGGUCGGAAGCUUCUGGGCUUAUGGCCAGCAACACAGGAAAACCCCAGUGCCCGUUGGAGCGCACCUAAUUUCCACCAGCCAGAUAGCGUCAUCCUGCAGAUCGACUUCCCCACCUCAGCCUUCGACAUCAAGUUCACCAGCCCCCCUGGAGACAAGUUCAGCCCCCGCUAUGUGUUUGGCAGCCUCCGGGAGGAAGACCAACGGGUGCUUAAGAACAUCAUGCAGAAGGAGUCCUUGUACUGCCUUUGCAUUUCUCUGGCCCUGUCACUUUCCAAAAAGGAUCAGGUGUCGGGGCAGGCCGGCAGCUCUCAAGGGCUCACGGAUGCUGAUAAGAAGCGCCUGUGGGAGAAGCGAUACUAUUGCCAUUUGGAGGUGAACUCCCUCCCCCUGGUGCUCGCCAGCGCCCCCAGCUGGGAGUGGGCUUGCUUGCCCGACAUCUAUGCUCUCCUGAAGCAGUGGACCCACAUGAAUCACCAGGAUGCCCUGGGGCUCCUGCAUGCCACCUUCCCGGACCAGGAGGUGCGACGGAUGGCCGUCCAGUGGAUUGGCUCGCUGUCGGACGCUGAGCUCCUCGACUACUUGCCUCAGCUUGUGCAGGCCCUGAAGUACGAGUGUUACCUGGACAGCCCCUUGGUGCGCUUCCUCCUGAAACGAGCCAUCUCUGACUUGAGAGUGACUCACUACUUCUUCUGGCUCCUGAAGGACGGCCUCAAAGACUCUCAGUUCAGCAUCCGCUACCAGUACCUGCUGGCAGCCUUGCUGUGCUGCUGUGGCAAAGGGCUGAGAGAGGAGUUUAACCGCCAGUGCUGGCUCGUCAAUACCCUGGCCAAGCUGGCCCAGCAGGUCCGAGAGGCCGCCCCGUCUGCGCGGCAGGGGAUCCUCCGCACGGGCCUGGAGGAGGUGAGGCAGUUCUUUGCCCUGAUCGGCUCCUGCCGCCUGCCACUCAGCCCUAGUCUGCUGGUUAAGGGCAUCGUGCCCAGGGACUGUUCCUACUUCAACUCCAAUGCUGUCCCCCUCAAGCUGUCCUUCCAAAAUGUGGAUCCACUGGGCGAGAAUAUCCGUGUCAUCUUCAAGUGUGGGGACGACCUUCGCCAGGACAUGCUAACCCUGCAAAUGAUUCGCAUCAUGAGCAAGAUCUGGGUGCAAGAGGGGCUGGACAUGCGCAUGGUCAUUUUCCGCUGCUUCUCCACUGGCCGGGGGAGAGGGAUGGUGGAAAUGAUCCCCAAUGCCGAGACGCUGCGCAAGAUCCAGGUGGAGCACGGGGUGACCGGUUCCUUCAAGGACCGGCCCCUGGCAGACUGGCUGCAGAAACACAACCCCGGGGAGGACGAGUAUGACAAGGCUGUGGAGAACUUCAUCUACUCCUGUGCCGGCUGCUGCGUGGCCACGUACGUCUUGGGCAUCUGUGACCGGCAUAAUGACAAUAUCAUGCUGAAGACCACCGGCCACAUGUUCCACAUAGACUUUGGCCGCUUCCUGGGCCAUGCUCAGAUGUUCGGCAACAUCAAGCGGGACCGUGCCCCCUUUGUCUUCACCUCGGAUAUGGCGUAUGUCAUCAACGGAGGUGACAAGCCUUCCAGCCGCUUCCAUGAUUUUGUUGACCUUUGCUGCCAAGCCUACAACCUCAUUCGCAAGCACACCCACCUCUUCCUCAACCUCCUGGGCCUGAUGUUGUCCUGUGGGAUCCCCGAGCUCUCAGACCUGGAGGACCUCAAAUAUGUGUAUGAUGCUCUAAGGCCUCAGGACACAGAAGCCAAUGCUACUACUUACUUCACCAGGUUGAUUGAGUCCAGCCUGGGCAGUGUAGCCACAAAGCUCAAUUUUUUCAUCCACAACCUGGCUCAGAUGAAGUUCACAGGCUCAGACGACCGGCUGACCCUUUCCUUUGCCCCCCGAACACACACGCUCAAGAGCUCUGGCCGCAUCAGUGAUGUUUUCCUCUGCCGCCACGAGAAGACUUUCCACCCCAACAAGGGCUACGUUUAUGUGGUAAAGGUGAUGCGAGAGAACACUCACGAGGCCACUUACAUCCAACGGACGUUUGAGGAGUUCCAGGAAUUACACAAUAAGCUACGGUUGCUCUUCCCUUCUUCCCAACUGCCCAGCUUCCCUAGUCGCUUCGUGAUUGGCCGCUCGCGGGGGGAGGCGAUGGCCGAGCGGCGGAGGGAGGAGUUAAACCGCUACAUCCGGCACUUGACCCACGAAGCCCCCGAGGUGGCCGAGUGUGAUUUGGUAUACACCUUCUUUCACCCCCUGCCCCGAGAUGAGAAGCCUGCGGGCACCAGCACAGCUCCCAAGCCCUCAGACGGCUCAUGGGCCCGGCCUGUCGGGAAGGUGGGUGGGGAGGUGAAGCUGUCCAUCUCCUACAAAAACAAUAAACUCUUCAUUAUGGUGAUGCAUAUUCGGGGCUUGCAACUGCUCCAGGAUGGGAAUGACCCGGACCCCUACGUGAAGAUUUACCUCCUCCCUGACCCUCAGAAAACCACUAAGAAGAAAACCAAAGUGGCCCGGAAAACCUGCAACCCCACGUACAAUGAGAUGCUGGUGUAUGAUGGGAUCCCCAAGGGAGACCUGCAGCAGCGGGAGCUGCAGCUGAGUGUGCUGAGUGAGCAAGGAUUCUGGGAGAACGUUCUCCUUGGUGAGGUGCACAUCCGUCUGCGAGAGCUGGACCUGGCCCAGGAGAAGACUGGCUGGUUCGCACUGGGAUCUCGAAGUCACGAGACCUUGUGAGCCCAGCAGAGCCCUCCCCUGCCGAGGACCCCAGACUGCUGGGGGAGCCAAGGGAGAGGACUCGUCCCCUGCUCCAGGGGCCCUUUCCUUGCGAAGGGGCAGGGCCCUUGGUGGCCCUCCCCUCUGUCCAGGCGGAUUGGGCCUCUGUGACAGGAGGUAGGGAGAGUAAGAUGCUCUCUGCUAUCCCCUCCUCUGCCAAGUGAAUUUGGGUUGGUUGUGAUGAGCAGCCCCUUGGAGGCUGUGAGGUGGCAGCAAAGUUUUAAGUUUACCUUGUGUCAAGGGAGCAAUGCCUGGUUUGGGGUGCGUGGGGUGGGCUGUAUGAAGUAGCAUUUGGGGGGAGGGUGGGUGGAUUAUCUUUAUUUUUAUUUUUAAAAAAUGAAAUAGUAAUGUUGUCCUGACUGGACAGGAAGCCUCGUGAGAAGGGACUUCACAUAUGCCUCGGAAGGCAAGAGAGGAAGACUAUUUGGACUUUUUGUAUGAUUAAGGUUCUUAUUGGACUUUUCCUUAGGUUUUUGUUUGUUUGCUUGUCUGUUUUUCGUUUUUGUUUUUCUAUCUAUAGGACUUACUUGGGGAGGGGCCCAGUGGGUCCUCGGUUAGAGCCCUCCCUCUCUGAGGGCAGGUCGGGGAGGGUGGGGAGGGGCGGGUGUGCUGGACUGAGGCCUGUGCGGGGCCUUUCUGAUUUUGCCUCCAAAGGAGAGCGAUGUGAUACCUACGUGUGUAAGGAAGGGCCUCCCGAAUGGGGCUCUGCAGAGGACCUGUAUUCAGGGACCUGGGCUCUCUCAGGGGGAGUUUUUCGUCUCAUCUUCCCCUACUUUGCUAGGACUUGCCCUGAAUACUGUCUUCUACUCCUCCAUUCUCACGGCCCCCCUGGGGACCAUCUGGUCCCCACAGAUACGCUGGGGGUGCGCCUCCAUAGGUCUCUCUCCCUUCCUUUUUCUCCGGUGGGAUAAAGUGCUGCUUCAGCUCUGAUUUGCUUCCACCCAAGGGCGUCCCGGCCCUGGGCAGGGGCCUCUUGGCCGCAGAUGCCAGGGGGCUCCCGUCAACCCACCACACCUCUCCUUUUUGUGUGCUGUUUUCCCCAAACUCCAUUUCUGUCACUUUUUUUUUUUUUUUUAAGAAUUUCCCUCAUUCUGUGGGGCCAUAAACCUAUUUAGUCUGGAGCCAAAGGGAUGCCCUAAGUGGAGGAAAGGGGCCUGGGGUGGGGGAUUCCAGUGAUGUUCUUUGGUUUUGAGGAGGCUGGAGUGGAGCGUGUGGUUGAUCCCCUGGAGCUGAGCUGGGAGGGAGAGUUUGGGGCUCUUAGCUCUUAGACUCUUUAUUCCCUACCAGAUGGACUUCAGAUUCACCCUUGCGCUUUACUCCAGAGGGUUGUAUUCCUUGGAAAAAGAGGGAGAGACUUCGAAUUUGAUAGGAACUUUUUAAACCAGACUUGGCUGGAUGUACCCCAUGAUGGGGGCAUGGAGGUAAUCGAGGAAACUCUCAACCAUCCCUCUCCCCAGCUUCCUUCUCAGCUCUAAGGAUCAGAAGUCCCCCCGUUUGCUGACUCAUUCCAUAACUGGAGAAAGAAGCUCCAUUCACUGAAGCCACAGGGUAGCAAGGAAAUCUAAACUUUUCUUUUAGGUUCAAAAUGUCAAGGAUCAAGUAGCCACUGUGGGGAAGGGGGUGGGGGAGGUGGGGACAGGGAUGGAACUUCUCCAGAUGAACGGACCAUAGUUGUGUUACUGGCUCUUUGCCCGUAGCUCAUUUUAUUUUGACCUUCUGUGCCCCUGACGUAAAGAGGUCUGUGUACUGUACCCACUUCCCAGACGUCCUUGUAUCUGCUACUUUCUCUGGAAUUGUAUUUUCUAAUAAAUGACACUUGAGAAAAACAAAA